AUGGAGGACCAUAGGGCAAAGCAGAAUGACAUUGAAAAUAGAAGUGGAAUUAAAAAUGGGAACAUUGGAAACAAUCGAGGGGCUGAGAUAGACAAUAGGAGGGAAAACAAUAUGUUGGAGCUAUCUAAGGAUUUGAAGAAAAUCACCCCGCCUAAGUUUGAUGGAAAGCAAAUUGCUGAAGGAGCUGAAAAUUGGUUGAAUGAAAUGGAAAAUUACUUUGAACUAAGGGACUUUAGCAAAGCAACCAAGGCCUUAUGGGGUUCCUAUAAACUCAUAGGGGAGGCAGCUAGCUGGUGGUUACCACAAGUAUUCUUUGUUGAGAAGGUGACAAAAUUCCAUAAUCUUCGACAAGGGUCCUUGAUAGUCCAACAAUAUUGGGAUAAGUUUGUUAAAUUGCUUAACUAUGUACCCAUGUAUAAGAAGGAUGAGAAAGGACAAGCCAAUAAGUUCAUUUUAGGGAUAAACACCAACAUAGAGGCAAAAGUUGACAUGCAUGGCCCUGAAAACAAGAAUGAUGUACUUGAGAAGUCUUUAAAGUAG